GCUUAGAGCUGCAGACGGAGCUGAGCGGAGCGCUGGACCUGUUUCACCCUGUCUGUUUCUACACGGCCUCACCGGAACACAUGAUUUAGCCUUAACCUCUUUUCUGCCAUUUUAACGCGAGCUCUCGUUUUACUUUUGGAGAGAAACGUGAGCGAGUUGUGAUCUAAUAAAGAGGAGAGAGUAAAAAGUCAGAGGAAAAAGACUGGAGCGCAUCUGUGACAUUUGGACUGGAGGAGGAAAAGCACAGAAGGAGAACAACAACAAAAAAAGAAAAAAGUCUGACUUUAAAACCCUAAUCUUACUCGAACUGAUGACCAGAGUGGACUGCAGUGUCUCGCUGAACGCUGCUGUGAGCGGGACCCUCCUUAGUCCGAGUUGAGGGGGAAAGUUGCUCAGCCAGGCUGCUGUGUUUAGUGUAAUGAAAGGUAGAUGAGAGGCAGCCCGCCUGGUUCUCCAGUGUAGUAGUGAAAGGGAAGAACAGCAUGUGCUGGUCUGUCUGACUCCAGAAAGAGCGAAGCGCGCGGCUCUGAUCCUGUUACUGAACACGGAGAUUCAGCACCACGAGACUUUCCACGAGACUUUACCCCAACAUGGAUUUACUUAGCAGACUGAGUGGAUGUUUACUUGUGUUGUGCUUAUCAUCUCUGGUUCGCGGAGACGAGGAGCCAUGUGGUGGGCAGCGUGACGCCAGCGAUGCAGGCUAUAUCACCACGCCAGGUUACCCUCAGGAGUACCCACCGCACUUGGACUGCCGCUGGGUUAUCACAGCCCCCGAGCCAUCCCAGCGCAUUGUCCUCAACUUCAACCCCCACUUUGAGCUAGAGAAGCUUGACUGCAGAUACGACUUCAUCGAGAUCCGGGAUGGCAAUUCAGAUUCAGCUGAUCUGCUGGGGAAGCACUGCAGCAACAUCGCUCCGGCCGCAAUCAUCUCUUCCGGCCCUGUGCUCCUCAUCCGCUUUGUGUCUGACUACGCCCACCAGGGGGCAGGCUUCUCGCUGCGCUACGAGAUUCAUAAGACAGGUUCAGACUGUUCCCGAAACUUCACCAGCCCAUCAGGUGUGAUCGAGUCACCAGGCUUCCCUGAUAAGUACCCUCACAACCUGGAGUGCACCUUCAUCAUCAUCGUCCCUCCCCACAUGGAAGUCACCCUCACCUUCCUCACCUUCGACCUGGAGAACGACCCUCUGCAGGGCUCUGAGGGAGAAUGCAAGUAUGACUGGCUGGAGGUGUGGGACGGCCUGCCACAGGUUGGGCCCCUCAUCGGCCGUCACUGUGGCACCAAGAUCCCUCCUGAGCUCAAGUCAUCCACUGGCAUCCUCUCGCUUACCUUCCACACAGACAUGGCGGUGGCUAAAGACGGCUUCUCCGCCCGCUACAACAUGACGUUAAAGGAAGUUAGUGAAAGUAAGUAUCUCCUGUUCUUUGCUCGUGCAUCUCAGCCUCCCCCUUUUUAUAGUAGCUUAUAUAUUGUUUGCAUGCUCUCAGAUUUCCACUGCAGCAAUGCUUUUGGGAUGGAGUCGGGCCACAUCACGGAUGACCAGAUCACGGCCUCUUCCUCGUUCAGUGAUGGUCACUGGGCUCCACGACAGGCUCGACUCAACUACAAUGAAAAUGCCUGGACGCCAGCUGAGGACAGCAGCAAAGAAUACAUACAGGUGGACCUUCACUUCCUGAAGGUUCUGACAGGCAUUGCCACCCAGGGUGCCAUCUCCAAGGAGACGCACAAGUCAUACUUCGUCACUACAUUCAAGCUGGAGGUCAGUACCAACGGAGAGGACUGGAUGGUCUACCGUCACAUCAAGAACCACAAGGUUUUCCUUGCCAACACAGACCCGUCAGAGGUGGUGCUGAACCGCAUCCCUCAGCCUGUCCUCGCCCGCUUCGUCCGCAUUAGGCCCCAGACGUGGAAGAAUGGCAUUGCGCUACGCUUUGAGCUCUAUGGCUGCCAGAUCACAGAUGCCCCGUGUUCGGAGAUGCAGGGCAUGCUCUCGGGCCUUCUACCAGACUCCCAGAUUAUGGCCUCCUCUAUGCGGGACAUCCACGGAUCUACAGGUGCGGCCCGUCUGGUAGCCAGCCGCUCCGGAUGGUUCCCCAGCCCCACGCAGCCUGUGGCUGGUGAGGAGUGGCUACAGGUGGACCUGGGCGUCCCCAAGACCGUGAGAGGCAUCAUCACGCAGGGCGCUCGCGGAGUGGAUGGCAGCAACAGCGCCGAAAGUCGUGCCUUUGUUAGAAAGUACCGGCUAGCACAUAGCAUGAACGGCAAAGACUGGAGCUUCUUUCUCGACCCCAAGACUGGCCUGCCUAAGAUUUUCGAAGGAAACACACACUAUGACACUCCAGAGAUCCGCCGCUUCGAUGAGGUCGUGACCCAGUUUAUCCGGGUGUAUCCAGAAAGAUGGUCACCUGCUGGCAUCGGGAUGAGGCUGGAGAUACUGGGCUGUGACCUGCCAGAAUCCACUACUAUUCCUGAUACUGCCACCCCAACUCUGCCCCAGCAGGAAGAGACCAGCACGGCUCACAGAGCAGCAGUGCCCACUACUCUGUCAGCUCUGGGCGGUUUGUGUGAUUUUGAGCAGAAUAUGUGCGGCUGGACUCAUGAUCCUACAGCUGACCUGAACUGGGCACUACACAGUCCAUCCAGUCCCAGUAUGGACCUGCAACUGGGAGCCGAUGAUUAUGGCAGUUUUCUGUACUUGGAGGCGAGUCCUAAGACAGAACAUGAGCGAGCCAGGCUGCUGAGCCCACCGGUGGGGCCUGAGAGAGGCCCACUCUGUCUGCUUUUCCUCUACCAGCUGACGGGCGAGGCUCAGGGCACACUGAGGGUUUUGAUCCGAGAUCACAACCAGGACGAGGCCCUGCUGUGGAUACUGAAAGGAGAGCAGGGCCACAGCUGGAAAGAAGGACGCACCAUUCUACCUCGGUCACCCAAAGAGUACCAGGUUGUCAUCGAGGGCUUCUUCGAGCAUGGCAGCCGAGGCCACAUCUGGAUCGACAACAUCCACAUGAGCACCACGACAGAGCUGGAACAGUGCACUCAGCCUUUCCCGGCUUUCCCUCCAGAGAUGACUGGGGGAGCCCUACCUGGCAGGAGUGACCCCACUGUGGACACUACGGUGUCUCUGCAGCCCAUGCCCACCUACUGGUAUUACGUAAUAGCCGGAGGGGGGGCGCUCUUGCUGCUGGCCUCCGUGGCGCUGGUCAUGGCCCUGUGCUGCCAUCGCUACCACCUGGCCGCCAAGAAGAGCCAGCACUCAGUGGCCUACCAGAGCACGCACUACCCAGGCAGCGGCUCGGCAGGGCCCGGGGUGGAGCCCAUGCUGACCAUUAGACUAGAAAAGCACGAGCCAUGCUCGCAAUGCUGAGGAGAGAGAGAGAGAUGGAGACUGUGGAGGGGUCACUAAGGCUCUCUCUCUCUCUCUUUCUCUCUCUGCUGCUUUGUAACUACCGACAGGCACAGAAACCCUGCCGAUGCUCGUGCAGGGCUCUUCAGGAGGGAUUUUUUUUCUUUCUUUUUUGGAGGAUCCCUUUGGAGGAUUGGGAGGCUUCUGCCGCUGGCGUAUGGAGACUUUUUGAAAGUGUUUAGUUGCUAAUCGAAUGGAGGGAAGGAAAAAAAAGGACGCGCUCAAGCAGCAGAGCCGUGGAUAUGCUGCCCUCUUGAACCCCUUUUGCACUGUGUUCGCAGUUUCAGCUUUGCCGUUUGCUUACCGGAAAGAAGAGACAAGCAUCCAGCCUCAAUCCUGAGUGACAGGAAGCCACCUCCGUGUCUCUGUGUGUGUGCGUGUGUCUCUCGAUGGGAACCUGACUCUGCAGGGUUCUAAUCCCCUGCUUGUGACCAAUCCUUUUGCCCAGUGGAGAAAGGCCACCAUUGCUGCCAAAGCAGGAGGAAGAGACACAGAGAACGGGGAGAAAAAAGAGACAGCAUACAAGAGGAAUGAAAGAUACUGCUGUGUCACGUGGCAGCAUUUGCAUGUGGACUGCACAAUGCACACGCACAUUUCUGAUGAGCUUAGUUUGUAGAGAGGUGCUUCUUGAAAUGCAAAGCAAGAGGUAGCAUAAGUGGCAAAAUGAAAGACAGUGAAAGGGAUGCAUUCGGGCUAUGGCAAGCAUCGGUGUAACAAAUCCUUUGGUUUCUUGGAAGGAAUCUGUGUCUUUGCGUGCCUUGUUGGGGCAUGUGUGUGUGUGCGUGGCUGGGUGGGUGGUUGUAGUAAGUGUGUGUGUUUGUGUAAGGAUGGGGUUGGCACCCCAAACUUAAAGCACUGACAGUGUUCCCUUUUUCCAUUGAGCCUGUUUCCUGCCUCAAGUCUUUAUCUAAGACCCUGUUUACACAUGGUCAUUUCAUGUGACUUGAAUCUGGAUUGUAACCUGAUCAGAUUUUAACCUCAAGCAUUCACACCUGGUAUUCAAACAAGUCUUUGUUUAGUCAGAUUGACAUCCGUUUGCUGUGGUUACAUUUACAGUUCUGCGUAUGGCAGAUGCUCAGAUCAGCUCAUAUACAGUCAUAUGCAAAAGUUUGGUCACCUCUGUCAAAUUACAUUUGUUGAUUUUGAGAAAAUAAUUUAACACAUCCUCUGCAGAGAACACAUCUGCUCAUUUUAAUACACAAUUACUGUUUAUUUGCUGAAUUGAAUUAAACAUAAAAUGUCAAUUUUUUUUGACCGGAAGUGACACAUUGUGGAAAAAAAAUAUUCCUCAGCUUUUAUUUACAUUUGAACAAAAAGUGGCAUGUCCAAAAUUAUUCAUACCCUUCUCAAUAAUCAAUAGAAAAGCCUUUAUUGGCUAUUACAGCAAUCAAACGCUUCCUAUAAUUGCUGACCAGCUUUUUGUCUCCACUGGUAUUUUUGCCCAUUCAUCUUUAGCGAUGAGCUCCAACUCUUUCAGAUUGGAGGGUCUCCUUGCCAUCACCCUGAUCUUUAGCUCCCUCCACAGAUUCUCAAUUGGAUUCAAGUCAGGACUCUGGCUGGGCCACUGCAAAACGUUAAUGUUUUUGUCCGCCAACCAUUUUACAUUUUUUCACCAUUUUUUCAUGGUGCCAUUCACUGUGAUUAGGUUCCCUGGUCCACUGGCUGAAAAACACCACCAAAUCAUUAGGUUCCCACCACCAUGUUUGACAGUGGGGAUGGUGUUUUUAGGGUUGAAGUCUUCUCCUUUUUUACGCCAAAUGAAGGAUACAUCAUUGUGGCCAAACAAUUCAAUUUUUGUUUCAUCUGACCAUAAAACAGAAGACCAGAAAUCUUCUUCUUUGUCCAGACGAGUAUUUGCAAAGGCCAAGUGGGCUUUUGUGUGCCUUUUCUGGAGAAGUGGCGUCUUCCUUGGUCUGUGUCCGUGGAACCCAGCAGUGUGCAGUGUCCGUUGGACUGUCUGCCUUGAGACGUUGCCACCAGCAGAGGCCAGAUUCACCAGGAUGGCCUUGGUGGUGAUCCUUGGAUUCUUUUUCACCUCUCUCACUAUCCUCCUGGCCAGCACAGGUGUCACUUUUGGCUUCCGACCACAUCCUCUGAGAUUUUCCACAGUGCGGAAUGUCUUGUAUUUUUGAAUAAUACUUUGCACUGUUGCCCCUGGAACUUGAAAACAUUUAGAUAUGGCCUUAUAGCCCUUUCCUGACUUGUGAGCAGCCACAGUGCGCAGCCGCAGGUCCUUAGUGAGCUCCUUUGUCUUAGUCUGUCACCUGUUGAGUUGAUUAAAACAGCUGUUCCCAAUGAAUCAGGGUAAUUAGGAUGCUUUAAAACAGCUUGGACUAUUUGAAAUGGUAUAGAAAUUUGGAUUUUCCCAUAGACUGUGACAGUUUGCAAAGGAUAUGAAUAAUUUUGGACAUGCCACUUUUUGUUCAAAUGUAAAUAAAGCUGAGAAUUUUUUUUUUUUUCACAAUGAUGUCUCUUGUACUUCGUCUUAUUAUUUUCUGGGAGAUGCCUGUGUCAUUUCCGGUCAAAAAAUUGCUGGUUGAAUAAAAAUAACUUUAAGCCGAAAUUUGCCAGGGGUACAAAUAAUUUCGGGCUUCACUGUGUGUAUAUAUAUAUAU